AUGGUUGGACUUGGCCCUAAGCACCCGCCGUCCCGGAAGGGGUCCAUGCACGAACUGCCCCAGAACUUGUUAGGACCUAUUCAGGACUUCGAGAAGGCUUUCGGAGUGGAUCGCUCCAAACUCAAGCAAAUUGUGAACCACUUCGUCAAGGAGCUCGAGAAAGGCCUGACCGUUGAGGGUGGUAAUAUUCCCAUGAAUGUCACCUGGGUCUUGGACUUCCCCGAUGGAAACGAGCAGGGAACCUACCUGGCUCUCGAUAUGGGCGGCACCAACCUACGUGUUUGCGAAAUUACCUUGACCGAGGAGAAGAGCGCUUUCGAUAUCACACAAUCCAAAUAUAAGAUGCCGGAAGAGUUGCGGACUGGAACCGCAGAGGAGUUGUGGGAGUACAUUGCCGACUGCUUGCAGCAGUUCAUCGAGACCCACCACAACGACGGGAACCUUGCCAAGCUGCCCCUCGGCUUCACUUUCUCCUACCCCGCCACUCAGGAAUACAUCGAUCACGGUAUUCUGCAGCGCUGGACCAAGGGCUUUGACAUUGAUGGUGUCGAGGGCCACGAUGUUGUUCCCCCUCUUGAGGAGAUCUUGAAGAAGCGGGGCCUCCCCAUCAAAGUGGCAGCCCUGAUCAACGACACCACCGGUACCCUCAUUGCUUCCUCUUACACCGACACCGAGAUGAAGAUUGGCUGCAUCUUCGGUACCGGCGUCAAUGCCGCAUACAUGGAGAACGCAGGGUCUGUACCCAAGCUCGCCCAUAUGAACCUGCCUCCCGACAUGCCCGUCGCCAUUAAUUGCGAAUACGGGGCCUUCGAUAAUGAGCACGUGGUACUCCCCCUCACUAAAUACGAUGAGAUCAUCGACCGCGACUCACCCCGCCCGGGCCAGCAAGCUUUCGAGAAGAUGACCGCUGGUCUGUACCUGGGCGAAAUCUUCCGUCUCGCACUACUCGACUUGAUCGACAACAAGCCCGGUCUGAUCUUCAGUGGCCAGGAUGUUUCCAAGCUGCGCAAGCCCUAUCUGCUCGAUGCCUCCUUCCUCGCCAACAUCGAAGAGGAUCCUUAUGAGAACCUCACAGAGACAUUGGAUCUCUUUGAACGGACGCUGAACAUCCGCCCCACCCAGCCAGAGCUGGAGCUAGUCCGCCGUCUCGCUGAACUGAUCGGUACCCGUGCCGCUCGCCUGUCCGCCUGUGGAGUCGCAGCCAUAUGUACCAAGAAGAACAUCGAGUCCUGCCACGUUGGUGCUGACGGCUCCGUCUUCACCAAGUACCCCCACUUCAAGGCGCGUGGUGCCCAGGCCCUGCGCGAAAUCCUUGACUGGGCCCCUACCGAGAAGGACAAGGUCUCCAUCAUGGCUGCCGAGGAUGGUUCCGGUGUUGGUGCCGCCGUGAUUGCCGCCCUGACACUCAAGCGUAUCAAGGCUGGCAACCUCGUUGGUGUCCGCAACAUGGAUGACAUGAAGACCCUGCUUUGA